UACAAGGAGAUGGGGGGUGAAGCUGGCGAGAUGUUCCCACCUAUGGAGCACAUUGCAGUUGGACUCCUGUGGGACCUGUACGCCCCCUCUAUGGCGAAGCCCCCCAGCACCUCCAGCUCGCCUUCCAGCAGCAGUGAGCAGCAGGAGGGGGGCAGCACCUCGGACCCCCCGAGUCCGGAGCCUCCCCGCCGGUCCAAGGGGCGCAGAGGUACCAAGACCAGCCCACCUGGCGCAUCACUCACCUCGUUCCCCUGCACGCAGUGCUCGGCGGAGUGCCGCAGCGCGAGCGCCCUCAAGGUGCACAUCCGCUCGCACUCGCUGCCCUGCGUGUGUCCCACCUGCGGGAAGGGAUUCUCGCGGCCUUGGCUGCUGCGGGGACACAUCCGCACACACACAGGAGAGCGACCCUUCAGCUGCCCCCAGUGCAACAGGGCCUUCGCCGACCGCUCCAACCUGCGCGCGCACCUGCAGACGCACGAGGAGGUGAAGCGCUACCAGUGCGACUCGUGCUCGCGCACCUUCAGCCGCGCUUCCCUGCUGCGGAAGCACGUGGUCUCGGGCUGCACGGGCCGCUCCGUGUGA